AAAUAGCAUAACUCGCUCUCAUAUUAAAAUCUAUAUAUAUAUAUAUAUAUAUAUAGAAUUCCAAUAACUUUUGCCACGUGUGUGAUUCAAUGAUGAUAAUCGUUAUAUCACACUAAACGCGAUAUAGAUUUUAGUUUCAUUGCACCCCUGAAAAAGAUGAAAUAGUUCAUGUACAUAUACAACAUUUACGACAUAUACGAACAGAUAUAUUAUGUAAGAACGCAAUGUUGUAAUAUACGCAGUGUAUAAAGAUAUCAUGCACAGACGAGAAGUUUAUACCUUCGAGUAAGAACCGUGACUCGAAUUGUUCAUUCAUUCUUUUCAACCUUUCUCAAAGUUCGUAUCAUGAGUGUCGUGGAACCGAAGAAGACAGAGAUGGUCUUGAAAAAUCAUUUAAAAAGACAUGCAUUAUUGUCCGAUGAAUCACAGGCCUGGACCGUCGGUUAUUCAUCUUUCGAAGGCCGUGGACUGUUUGCAACUCGUGAUAUCGAGGCAGGAGAAUUAAUAUUUGUAGACAAUGCUCUCUUAAUAUCACCACGAAAUUCCGAAAAGUAUUUGCCAUUAUGCGUAUCUUGUUACAAAAACGAAUGUCCUCUUUUCCCUUGCGAUCGCGGAUGCGGUCUUCCUAUAUGUUCUCAAAUAUGCGAGGAUUCAAAGAAACACAUGGAACAUGAGUGUGAAUAUUUGAGAAAAUUAGGGCCAACUUGCGGUUCGACUUGGUCUAUGGAUUUAUUACGUGCACUUUUGGCAGUAAGAGCGAUUUCGCUUGAUGAUGAGCAACGCGAUGUCUUGGCUAUAUUCCAAUGUCAUCAAAACUUGAAUAAUGAUUGUGAGGUCACAUUACUUCGGAGUAACGUAAAAAAUGCUCCAGAAGUCAAAGAUAUUGAUUUCAUGAUGAUGGUCAGUGGAAUUUUUAAUACAAAUUCAUUUGAAACGAUUGUCGUACAAGAUAAAGAUCAUUGUACGAGUUUGCGCGGCCUUUAUCCUAUGGGGGCGUUGCUAAAUCAUGCCUGCGUACCUAAUACAAGGCAUCAUUAUGAUUCGCAUCAACAGCUUUAUGUCAUAGCUGUCCGUUCCAUUUCCGCGGGGGAAGAAAUUACAAUGACUUAUAUCGAUCUCUUUUGGGAUACCACUUUAAGAAGACAAGUUUUAAGCGUUACUAAGAAUUUCUCUUGCAGAUGUAAUAGAUGCAGAGAUCCUACGGAAUAUGGAUCAUUAUUAAGUGCACUAUACUGUGCAGCUGACUAUUGUUCUGGUAUUUUAUUACCUUGUGAUCCUCUUAACAACGAAUCCGUUUGGAUGUGUAACAGAUGCCAAACUAUUAUUAAAUCAAGACAAAUUCAUUCGAUACGUUCAGGUUUAUCGGCUAUAUUACAAGAAAAUAUAUCCAAACCUCCCCGGGAAAUGUUAAAAUUUUUACAGAAAGAACUUUCGAUCUUAGUUCCACCAUCCAAUUAUCUAAUGGCAGAUAUUAAGUAUAGUAUCAUUUCUUAUUUCGGUAAAACUGAAGAUCUAUUAUGGGAAGAUUUAACAGAUGCCGAACUAGCAAUUAAAUCUUCCUUCUGCACAGACUUGUUAUCAAUUUUAAAUAUCUUGGGCUGUGGACAAUGUAGAAAAAGAGGCUUACUUCUCUAUGAAUUGUACUGUACCGCCAAGGAACAAUUACGACGCUUUCAAGGAAGAAACGAUUUUAAAGAAAAAAGAUUGAUACUUUUUAAAAAGAUGAACAUCGAAGAUAACGAAUCGCUCUUAAACGAAGUUAUUAAUAUUUUUCAAAACGACGUUGUGGCAACAACUUUCUUAAACGGUAACUGCUGAUAUUUAUAUAUGAAAGUAUGCAUUACUUCGAACAAUUCGAAUAAUCCACGAUUCUUUUACUAGAGAGGAAUUAUACUUUUAGUAGCAGACUAUGUUCUAACUGAAACAUAGGAAAGACACAUUAUUCUUAUAUCUUAUUAUAUUGUUAUUAAAUUAAAUAGGAAAAUAUAUUACUUCAACUAUUUUGAUAUACGACAUAUCAACGAUCUUAUUAUUACAUCGAGUUAAAUAAAUGGUGAAGGAAUUUUUCAUAUACAUAAAAAUCUGUAUACAUGUGUGACAUUAAUAUAUUCAAUCAGGCCUUGUUAUAUUUCUUUGUGGUAUCAAUCCAAUUUUUUGCACAUAACGAUACAUGUUACAGCAGACUAUAGAAACAGAUAGUAGAUUUUCAAAAUUACAGUUCCAGCGAUAAUACAGCUAGACAUUUUUUUACAUCAAUACAUUUUUAUCGGCAUAUUUGACAUUUCUUAAGCACAUUUCCAUUUCUUAGCUUUGUAAAAUUUAUUCUCUGUCUAGUUUCCUAUAUUGUCUGUUUGUGUAAGGAAUUUUUUUCAUCGCAAGCUCAUUGCUUAAUGCUCAUUGCACAAUGCUUAUUAAUACUGAGUCCGAUUAAUAAACAAUGAUACAUGCGUGUAUUUCCACGUUGCGCAUGAAAAAGUAUAAGUGAUACAAAUUUACAAUAAGAGUUAUAAUCAGCAAAUAGUAGAAUGUUUCAAAUUACUUGCUGUAACAAACACUUUGCUGUUUCGUAUAAUGUUGUACAUGGCUUUAGAGCUUCUAUAUCAUAUUCCAAAUCAUCAUUAGUUGUAUUUUCAUGUCUGCAAAAGAAAUCAUAAAAAAAUUAAGGCAAGAUAAAAAAGAGAGAAAUAAUUUACAUACGUACGUGUGUAUGUGUGCGCGCGUAUAAACAAUUGUACAAAUAUUUUAUAUAAUUCAUGCAUAUAUUUUUCUUACCUAUAUACUAAAUCAUCCAUGGACGGCAAUAGAUUGUUACUAAGAUUACGUAAGAAUUCAUUUCUGGUUAAUGCCGUGUGAACUAAUGCUACAUUAUCCAAGAAUAAAUCGGUAUGAUCUAUUUAAAGAAUUUGAAAAUAGUAUGAGUAUGCACAGAA